CCGCAAGGAGAAAACAGGGAGACAAGAAGAAACUUAUUUUUUCUGCAAUAUUCUUCCUUCGGUCGAUACACAGAAUAGUAUUGUGUUCUGCUAUCACUGCUGCAUUAUUCAAGGUAUUCCUGAAGUGUGUAACCUGAAGUUUCCUCUUAUCUGCUGAAAAAAAACAAGGAAAGCUUAAAAAUGGCGCUGAUGUUUCUGCCCUUGGUGGGUUCCGUCUCAGUGUCAGAGAGCUUGUUGGCCAUGGUGACGGUGUGUAUUGUGUACCUGCUGAUGCGGCUCCAGCGUCCAAGUAUCCCGGAGGGGCUGCGGCGGUUGCCAGGGCCGAAGCCCCUCCCCAUCAUCGGAAACGUGCUGGAAAUGAGCACCAACCCGCACCUCAGCCUGACCGCCAUGAGCGAGCGCUACGGCCCGGUCUACCAGAUCCAGAUCGGCAUGCGGCCCGUGGUGGUCUUGAGCGGCAGCGAGACGGUCCGCCAGGCGCUCAUCAAGCAAGGGGAGGAGUUCUCCAGCCGGCCGGACCUGUACAGCUUCCGCUUCAUCAACGACGGCAAGAGCCUGGCCUUCAGCAGCGACCAGGCCGGGGUGUGGCGCGCUCGCCGCAAGCUGGCCAUGAGCGCCCUGCGCUCCUUCUCCACCCUGGAGGGCAGUGACCUGGGCUACUCCUGCGUCCUGGAGGAGCACAUCUGCAAGGAGGGCGAGUACCUGGUGAAGCAGCUCAGCAGCGUCAUGGAGGCCAGCGGGAGCUUCGACCCCUUCCGCCACAUCGUGGUGUCGGUGGCCAACGUCAUCUGCGGCAUGUGCUUCGGGCGGCGCUAUAACCAUGACGACCAGGAGCUUUUGAGCUUGGUGAACUUGAGCGAUGAGUUCGUACAGGUGGCGGGCAGCGGCAAUCCCGUGGACUUCAUCCCCUUCCUCCGCUUUCUGCCCAGCCAAACGAUGAAAAAUUUCCUGAAAAUCAACGCCCGUUUCCAGAACUUCGUGCAAAGGAUCGUCACAGAACACUACAGAACUUAUGACAAGAACAAUAUCCGUGACAUCACAGACUCCCUCAUCGAUCACUGUGAGGACCGAAAGCUGGAUGAGAACUCCAAUGUCCAAGUCUCUGAUGAGAAGAUUGUUGGCAUUGUUAAUGACCUCUUUGGAGCUGGAUUCGACACCAUCAGCACUGCUCUGUCAUGGGCUGUUGUGUACCUUGUUGCAUACCCCGACACCCAGGAGAAGCUCCACCAAGAAAUGAAGGACAACGUGGGAUUGGAGCGUACUCCACUUCUCUCUGACAAACCCAACCUACCUUUCCUGGAAGCUUUCAUCAUGGAAUUAUUCCGACAUUCAUCCUUCCUGCCCUUCACUAUCCCACACUGCACCUCGAAGGACACCGCACUGAAUGGAUACUUCAUCCCCAAGGACACGUGUGUCUUCAUCAAUCAGUGGCAGGUGAACCAUGACCCGGCAUUGUGGAAGGAUCCUUACUCCUUCAUCCCUGAGCGUUUCCUGGAUGCUGACGGCAUGACUGUCAAUAAGAUGGAUGCCGAGAAGGUGAUGAUUUUUGGAAUGGGGAAGAGGCGCUGCAUCGGCGAGGCCAUUGGGCGCACGGAGGUCUUCCUCUUCCUGGCCAUCCUGAUCCAGAAACUGCACUUCCACGAACUGCCCGGGCACCCCCUGGACAUGACCCCCGAGUACGGGCUCACCAUGAAGCACAAACGCUGCCAGCUGCGCGCCAGCUUACGGCUUUGCCAGGAAGACUGAGGGCCGGCGUAGCGCCGUAGCGCUCGCACGUUCAAUUUUAUAUCAUUCAGCUAUAUUCAUCAUCCUGAAGUAUUGUUCAGAUGUGAAUCCAGUGCAGAUGAAAGAAGAAGAGUGUAACAGGGUACACUACACUGUAACACUGUUUUUGGGGAGGCCAGCACCUAAUUCCAGUGCUUUUUCCAGUCUGUUUUAGAAGGGUUGUCAACAACAGGGAGAAAUGCAGGAAAGCAGGAAUAAAGUAAAUGCUACCACAUAUCUGAUAUUAAUAGGAAAUGGCAAUCCAGCAAAGUGUAGGAAGCCAUUAGAAUUGUGACUGGUGCCCUAAAGAGGCAACAAAACAUGACUGGUUAAUUUCAGUCAAUCAACAUUCAUGGGCAUUUACAGCAUAUGAUACGUUUUUGCCGUUUCACAGAUGGUAUAAAGGAAGAAGAAAUACCGCUAUCUUCAAAUACUAGUGCCUUUCUCAACAUACAGUACCAUACAGCAACUUAAAUGUAACCACUGCAGUGUUGAACUAAUAACCUACAUACAAGACUUUUCUCAGUUAAAGUCAUUUUACCUGUGGAGUUCACCUGUGGAAAGUGGAUUAAAAGCAUCAAAGCUAUUCUGCCUUUUUUGGCUUUUUAUCCCAAAAUGUGAUUUCUAUUGCCUAUGUUUGUAUUUCUGGUGACACACUGAUUUGAUUGAUUGUUGUGCUUAAUAUGAAAUGUUAUUUGUAGCCUUCAGCAUGUUAUGAAAGUAGUUUAGGAGGAUGUAUUUUACAAGGAUGCUCUCUGAUUUAUGAGGUCGUGGUUUGAUUUACAGUGUUAACACUGGCAGUUAUUCUCUGUCUGUCAUAAAGUUGCUUUGUAGUUUGUAAGCAUGACAUCUUGACAAGGAAAUGAAGGAUUUUUUAGUGGAACUUUGAAGAACAAAAACAACUUUUGAUCUAUUAUUAAAUUGUGUAAAAAAGCUAUUACUAUAUGUUGGUGCAUUUAUAUGUAUUGUUUCAUGAAAGGAAUGGCAUUCUCUUUUUGUUGUAAUAGCUACAUAUGUGCAUCUCUGUGAGAUACUAAAUGUAUGUGGUUAAAA